UCCAGUCGGUGGAGAGUCAGGAGACGAACAAACCUAGCGGUUGUUGAGGUGGCUCUGAUCGGCUAAUCACUCACCACUGACACGCUGUUUGAGCUCAUUGGAUGUAUUUUCCCUCUUGUAGUGAUCAGAGGCCUUCAUGUGUCGCCCAGUAAAAGAACAGAGUCAAAAGGUCGACAAACACACUCGUCAGUUUGACGAAGCUGCUAACGUUAGCGGUGUUUUAGUAGCCUGCUAACACUACUCCAACUUGGCUUGAAGAGUGCCUUGUAGGAUUGUUAGCUUUGUCCAGCUAACGUGCUAGCGCCUUGUAGAUUAGGUACCAACACCGACUGCUGCUGGUGGGAAACCAAGAAACGAAGAAGACGCAGCGUAUACCUCGUCGGAACAUCAAACUAGCGUUAGCUUCACCAAGCUCCAAAGGAUAUCAGGUUUGAAACACGACCAGAAGGAACCCCCGGAGAGGCCUGCUACAUUUGUCCGGCCACACAUUUCUGAGCCUCCCACCUUCCACCUCCACGGCCCCUGGCUCAUUUGGUGGCUCAGCAGGACUUCAAAGGGGAAGGUCUGUGGAGCGGAAGAUAACGCUGUAGCCCUGAGCACCAACCAGCCUCCCUCAGCUGACAGGAAAGAAGAGUUAAACCCAGAGAGGAGAAGAAGCAGUUUUGGCCUGAAGAAAGACAGACAGAGAGAACUCAUGUCAAGCCUUUCUCCUCCUCAGACAGCCUAGCGAAGGUGCAGGAGGUAGCAAGCUGGCUUUUGGAAAUGAACCAGGAUCUGCUGUCGGGGGGCAGCAGCAGCAGGCGGAGUCGGGGCCCGGGGGGUCCGGCGGUGCGAGGUAACGCCUCCUCCACGGCCAGGGCACCCCAGCAGGCGGCAGAAGAAGGGGACGAAGAUGAGCACAUGAACCGAGUUGUAGAGGAGCAAGAACAGCUGCAGCAAAGGCCUGAGGCUUCACAAGUUGAUGGAGAGAGAGAACAACCAUGGGCACCGAGCGAGUCAGGAGCCAGCAACGGCCCUCGGCGAAACGAGGAAGGGGAGGAAGACGAAGAGGGCCAGCCAAACGAAGUAAACGGCGGAGAGAAGGGAGCCCGGUGGAUGUGGGGGGCUGAGCAGAGGCGGCUCCGAGGUCAGCCGCUCGCUGAGGAGGACGAGGAGGAGGAAGAAGAGGAGGAGAACAAUAACAGCAGUGGUCAUCAGGAGGAGGAGGAGGAAACGGAGGAGAGGACAGAGGGAGGGGAGGAGCAAGGGAGGGAGGAGGAGGAGAGGGAAGAGGGAGAUGAAGAGGAGGAGGAGGAAGAGGAGGAGGAUGAGGAAGAGAUGGACCAAGACAGUGAUGACUUUGAACAUUCAGCAGAGAGCGGGAGGGAGGAGGAAGAGGAGGAGGAAGGAGAGGAAGGGCUGCGAUCUCCCUCACUAAGGAACAGUGUGUCUGCACCCAAUAACAACCUGGACUCGGGUUGUACGCACCAAAGCUCUUCCAACAAGAAGAUGAAGAGAAAGUUGGACCAUGGCCCCGAGGUCCGAUCUUUCCCUUCAGGAAAAAAGCCCUGCAAAGGCACAGAGUAUCCAAGCCCGGCAGGAAUCGUCCCGUGUCCAGCCACACCCACCACAUUUGGUCACAUCAGAACAGCCAAUGGUCAGGGGCAACAGAGACGGCGCAUCACCUCAAUUCAGCCACCUUCGGGUCUCCAAGAAUGGCUCCGAACAUUUCAGAGCUGGACUGGCCCCGAGAAGCUGCUGGCGCUGGAUGAGUUGAUUGACAGCUGUGAACCCACACAAGUCAAGCAUAUGAUGCAGGUGAUCGAGCCGCAGUUUCAGCGAGACUUCAUCUCCUUGCUCCCCAAAGAGCUGGCUUUGUAUGUGCUGUCAUUCCUGGAACCGAAGGACCUCCUCCAAGCAGCUCAGACGUGUCGCUACUGGCGCAUUCUGGCAGAAGACAACCUGCUGUGGAGGGAAAAAUGCAGGGAAGAGGGCAUUGAUGAGCCUCUGCCCCUCAAAAAGAGGAAAAUCGUCAAGCCUGGCUUCACUCAUAGUCCCUGGAAGAGUGCCUAUAUCAGGCAGCACAGAAUAGACACCAACUGGAGGAGAGGGGACCUCAAAUCACCCAAGGUGCUGAAAGGUCACGACGACCAUGUGAUCACCUGCCUCCAGUUCUGUGGCAACCGCAUUGUUAGCGGCUCCGAUGACAACACACUCAAAGUGUGGUCAGCCAUCACAGGAAAGUGUCUGCGGACGUUGGUGGGCCACACAGGAGGCGUGUGGUCAUCCCAGAUGAGAGACAACAUCAUCAUCAGUGGCUCCACCGACCGCACACUCAAGGUCUGGAAUGCAGAGACAGGAGAAUGUAUCCACACCCUCUACGGGCAUACCUCAACAGUACGCUGCAUGCACCUACAUGAGAAAAGGGUGGUCAGUGGCUCUCGUGACGCCACGCUGCGAGUCUGGGACAUUGAGACAGGUCAGUGUUUACAUGUUCUCAUGGGCCACGUGGCAGCAGUGCGCUGUGUCCAGUACGACGGCAGACGGGUGGUCAGCGGUGCCUAUGACUUCAUGGUCAAAGUGUGGGACCCCGAGACGGAGACCUGCCUCCACACGCUGCAGGGCCACACCAACAGAGUGUACUCAUUACAGUUCGAUGGGAUCCACGUGGUGAGCGGCUCAUUAGACACGUCUAUAAGGGUCUGGGAUGUGGAGACGGGAAACUGCAUCCACACGCUAACGGGGCACCAGUCCCUCACCAGUGGCAUGGAGCUCAAAGACAACAUCCUGGUCUCAGGCAACGCGGACUCCACUGUUAAGAUCUGGGACAUCAAGACAGGCCAGUGUCUGCAAACCCUGCAAGGUCCACACAAGCACCAGAGCGCUGUGACGUGCCUGCAAUUCAACAAGAACUUUGUCAUCACCAGUUCAGAUGACGGCACGGUUAAACUGUGGGACCUGAAGACGGGCGAGUUUAUCCGGAACCUGGUGACUCUGGAGAGCGGCGGCAGCGGCGGCGUGGUGUGGCGCAUCCGAGCCUCCAACACCAAGCUGGUGUGUGCGGUGGGGAGCCGCAACGGCACAGAGGAGACCAAGCUGCUGGUGCUGGACUUUGACGUGGACAUGAAGUGAGAGGAAGAACGGCGUGGCGGGGAAAGGACAAAGAGAAGAGAGCGAACCACAGAAGAAGAAGGAACGGGAAGAUGAGGCACCUGAAAACGCAAAGAGGGCCAAAACCCAGAACUCUUCACCCAAACGCGCAAAAUCUACAACCGAUCACCACCGACCCACGCACAGUGGGCUGUCCUGUCCUGUCCUCCACCAUCAUGUUUCCCGUCCCCCGUUGGGCAGAUGUUACUGACAAAGCCACAGACCCUCUCAUGUGUUCAGCCCCCGGACGUCCUCAGGUCUGAGGUGGAUUCGGAGGGCUACAGCUGGGGCAGUGGGGGUGGGGUGGGGGGGUACUACCGCUGUUUGUCCCGUGAUUGGCUGGGACAAGGAAGAGAGGAAGAACGACUGAUGGCAACUGAACUCUUUGAAGCGACUCCCCAGCCUUCGGGUUCAGCGGGGCUUCACUUCACACAGAGACUUGGUUUAGCUCAUGCCUGACAGAUUUUGAGAUGUACAGAGAUAUAUUAUUUUUUAAAGACCCACACACCUCCCCCUCCCCUCCCCUCCCCUCCCCCCCUCCAUCACCUGCUCAUGCCCACAAACACUUACACAUACACUCAGACGGCCAAGCGGAGAGUGGGAGAGUGGAAAACACACCACAGUACACGAGGGAUAAAAGGUGAAUUCCACACAGUUACACCUGAAGAGCUGCUUGUUGUAGAGGAGUGGAAGCAGGAAAGACGACGGAGGCUUCGGCCUGUAAUCAGGCUCAUUUCUUGUCACUCCAUUUCUGUUCUUAUUGUUCUCCACUCGUUUUUUUUCUGUAGUUUGAUUUCUUUACAGUAUCGCACACAAACACAACUGUGAAUUUCAAGACUUCUUUGAGUGUUUGGUUUAUCAUAUGAAAGGGGUUCUUCUUUUGUUGUUUUUUUUUUUUUUGUUUGUUUUUUUCUCUUUGCCGUUGCCAACAGCAACUGUUCCCAGUAUUAGAACCUGCUCUGUUUAGGUUUGCUGUCAUUAUGUCACAGGGUUUUUUUUUUUAAUCAGAGUUGUUUGUUCUUUCUUUCUGUUGUACACAUACCUGGGGUUUGGAGCUCCGUCUCCAUAAAAACAUCAAUGCUGUCCAGAAUUUUUCAGUCUAGCUGGGGUGGUUUCCUCAAUGCCGGUGCUGUGAUGAGAGGAAGUAAAGGUUCUUUGCUCAAAGCGCUGUGGAUUAUGGCCCCCCUGCCCCCCCCCUGCAGCCCCUUCCCUCUACCGUGUCCCCCCUGAGUGGCCAAACUGUAUUUAUGCUGCUAGAUGAAUGGAAAAAAAAGAGAUGGAACUUUUACUUGCUGUGACGUUUUAGUCCCAGGCGAAAUUCCAAAAUUGAACUCUAUAUGUUUGGACUUGAAGACAGAGAAAAAACAAAAGAUAACAUCCAACAUUUUUGAUUUAUUUUGUUUGUUUUUGCCACUGAAACUUGAGCCAAACGUGCCUCUACGAGGCUGAGAGGAGGGAGUGUGUCUGACAGAUACUGACGGGAUCGUCUGCAGAGAGGAAACAAGGGGAUGUACACUGUUGGCGUGCGUGUGUGUGCGCGUGUGCAUGUGUGUGUGUUAGCGUGUUAAAUGGGCAACUUGUAAACACAUUCCUUGGGACAAAGCUCUUUCAGCCUGUUCUUUGGGGAAAUGUACAAACGCUGUGUGAACUGGCAGUGACAAAAAAGGAAAAAAAAAAAAAGAAACUAGCAGAUGUGUCGGUUUUAACACGUGAAUGAGAGAACUGUCCGUAUCCGUGUGUGAUUGUUGUUCUAUUCAAAGAUGUCUGAAGCAACAGAGGAGACCAUCACAAGCGUCAUCUGACAGGUGGAGCUGCCAGGAGUCUUAGUGUUACAUGUGUUGCAGUUGAACUCGCCGGGGCGGCCGCUCUGCUUGAGGAGCUGCCUCACCGACUGUCAGCGGGGGAAAAUAAAAACACAAAACGGCAACAAAAGUGAACACAAACAUUGUAGCCAAAACGAAAAUCGUCUCAAUCUCCAAGAGUCACAACUCAAGCUGAACUGUGAAAGUGGUAUAACACUGUAUAUUAAAAAAGAAAAAAAAAAAAGAAAACAAUCUUGCUCUAUCUCCUCUUGUUGUUUUCUCCCUCUGUUUAAUUUAUGAUCUGGUUUGAAAAUCAGAUUUGUUGCAGGUGUUUUAUUUUUUCAGUUCAUGUAAACUGCCUGGCAAAAAAGAAAACAGACAGAAAAAACCUUAAAGGGAUUGUGUAUUUGUUUGAUUCACUUAGAAUUUUAUUUUCUUAUAACUUAAGUGCAAUAAAAUGUGGGUUUUUCUUUUUUCAUUUCAAGCAUAUCAGUUGUCUGUUUUUGUUACCUGUGUGAAGGCAUCUUCUAUGUUUAAUAAAGCAAAUUAUUUGGUUAA